AUGGAACCUGAUACAACUCAAAACUCGGGACCAACCCAAACCUCGCCCGAGACAAAGCCCGAUGUCGAACAGCCAGAAGCAAUGUCACUCGACAAUGGAAACUCGACAGUUAACACGCCGAGUGCGCUCGAAACUGACGGGCUUGACGAAGAGGCUGCGCUCAAGAAUCUUACCAAAAACGUUCGAGACCAAGACGAUCUGGAACGUGAUAUUACCCUACAAGCUAGUCGAGCUUUGAUCGAAGCCGAAGACAAGAGAGAUCAGAAGCGCAUCGACAAGGCUGAGGCUACUCGUGCGAGACUCGACAAUCAGAAGAAAACACAGCAACAGAAACUACGACCGGGCAUCACGAACCCAACCGCACGACUACGCAUACAACGAGAGAUAGCACGAAUCGAUGCCGAAAUCGAACUUUGCGACAAAGACAUUGCCGAUUUCCGUGCUCGCAUCGAACAGCGCAACCAGCAGGGCGAGACCGAUACCCUGGCCCCGGCCACCGGCAAAAGACUCCCUAACGAGACCCAGCGAGAAUAUCUCAUCCGAACGGGAAAGAUCACGCCGUUUGCCAAAUUCGGUGGACCCAGACCUGCCGAAGUUGAGGGUGAUCUCGCCAACGCCAUUGUCGAUGCGGAAGACGAGGCUGUCGCCGAAGAACUGGAAGAAAAGGAAGAUGACGGCCCUCGAUCUCAUCAGAAUCUGCGUCUCCCUGGCUUUGCCGAAGAAAAUGAGGUCGCUACUGUAGCUGCUGCAGACGAAUUUUCCCUGCGUCCCCGAAAGAGGCGUAGGGUCCAACCGCCGCCCGAAUCAGAAGACGAGUUUGUGCCGGGAGAGUCUGGUUCCGAAGCGGUAUCUCCCGAGGCCGAUGCCUUCGACGAUUACGACGAUUAUGACAUGACAGACACCACACCCAAGAAGCGGAAGAAGGCAGCUAGAGAGGCUGAUGGUGAUGACAAGGUUGACCUGAGCGGUAUCGAUGAUGGUAACGAAAAAGUCUAUCAAGCAAGACUAAAAGACUGGGUAGCGCGCAGGAGCAAUGCACGACGGGCUCGUCAGCAGAGAAUCGGCCAGCCAGUUGACAAGGAUGACAGGGUGGAAGAAUGGUUCAAGCCAUCACCGGACCAGCCUGACCACCAGUUUGAGAAUGGUCUCAAGCUGCCAGGCGAUAUUUACCCAUCUCUUUUUGACUACCAGAAGACCGGCGUACAGUGGCUAGCAGAGCUAUACGCUCAGCAAGUUGGAGGUAUAGUUGGAGACGAGAUGGGGCUGGGCAAAACUGUGCAACUGAUUUCGUUCGUGGCUGCGUUACACUACAGUCGAAAGCUUGACAAGCCCGUCAUUGUUGUAGCCCCGGCAACAGUCUUGCGUCAAUGGGUAAACGAAUUUCACCGCUGGUGGCCACCACUUCGAGUAUCUAUCCUCCACUCCUCUGGCAGUGGCAUGCUCAAUGUCCGCAACGAAGGGGAGCUUGACGACAGAGAGGAUGACUACGGCAAGAGAAAGCCGAAAAAGUCCAGCCAGGCUGCAAAGAGGAUCGUCGAACGCGUUGUCAAGCAUGGUCAUGUGCUGGUCACAACUUAUGCCGGCUUGCAGACGUACGGCGAUGUCUUGAUCCCGGUUGACUGGGGCUAUGCCGUACUGGAUGAAGGACAUAAAAUCCGAAACCCAAACACAGCAAUCACCAUUUACUGCAAGGAACUUCGGACACCUAACCGCGUGAUUCUUUCCGGCACGCCGAUGCAGAACAACUUGACAGAGCUAUGGUCACUCUUUGAUUUCAUCUACCCCAUGCGGCUCGGUACUUUGGUCGCCUUCCGAAAUCAGUUUGAGAUCCCAAUCAAACUCGGCGGUUAUGCCAACGCAACCAACCUUCAGAUCAUGACUGCUCAGAAAUGUGCAGAGACGUUGAAAGAGACCAUCAGCCCUUACCUACUUCAGCGGCUGAAAGUAGACGUGGCCGCUGAUCUACCCAAGAAAAGCGAACAGGUCCUAUUUUGCAAGCUGUCCAAGCCCCAGCGGGAGGCUUACGAACUCUUCCUCAAGUCGGAUGACAUGACUGCCAUUCUCAACAGGACUCGCCAAUCCCUCUACGGUAUCGAUAUCUUGCGUAAAAUCUGUAAUCAUCCGGAUCUGCUCGAUCCGCGGCUCAAAGAUGAUCCUUCAUACCAAUGGGGCAGUACCAACAAGUCAGGGAAAAUGGCAGUCGUCAAGUCAUUACUCCCGAUGUGGAAGCGUCUUGGCCAUAAAACGUUGCUGUUUUGCCAGGGCACGCAAAUGCUGGACAUUAUCGAGGCGUUUGUAAGGCGUCAGGAUGGUAUCAACUACCUGCGUAUGGAUGGCAAGACGCCCGUCAAAGACCGACAGACGCUUGUUGACCAGUUCAACAAUAAUCCGGACUUACAUAUCUUCCUUCUAACCACCAAAGUGGGCGGUCUCGGCACUAAUCUGACAGGAGCUAACCGGGUCAUCAUCUUCGACCCCGACUGGAACCCAUCAACAGAUGUCCAGGCCAGAGAACGUGCCUGGCGGUUGGGACAGAAGAAGGAAGUCACUAUAUACCGGCUUAUGACAGCUGGAACCAUUGAAGAGAAGAUCUAUCACCGCCAGAUCUUCAAGCAGUUCCUGUCCAACAAGGUAUUGAAGGAUCCAAAGCAGCAGACCUCUUUUAAUCUAAACGACCUCCAUGACCUAUUCAGUCUCAGCUCAUACGAGGACGGGAAGACCGAGACAGCAGAGCUGUUCAAGGGCAGUGAAGUCAGACGCCUGCCUUCAGGACCCAAAGAGAUAGUGUUGCCCGGUAACGACGUGCCAGCUCUCAGGGCCCCUGGAGUAACCAAACCCGUAGAAAUCAAGGACGAAGCCACAAGCGAGGACGAGACAGGCGGCCUCCGUCACAUUGAAGGAGUCGCAGGGCUGGAGACAUUCAAGGACGAUGGACCAGCUCCUGCACCGAAUGAAGAAGACCGCCUGAUGGAGGGUAUCUUUGCACGUUCAGUUCACAGCGCCCUUGAGCACGACGAAAUCAUGAACGGUAGAAAGCCAAAGGUUAAAGCGGAUCGCCGAAUUCUCCAGGCGGAAGCAGACAGAGUUGCUGCUCAAGCGGCCUUGGCUCUCCGUCGUGCAGGUGAGGAAGCCAGAAACGUGCCCAUCGGCACGGUCACCUGGACGGGCGAGUACGGCGAAGCUGGUCGUCCGGCGCUCCGUCGCGAACGCGGAGGUCCCACCUCAGCAGGUGUUCGCGGUGCAGCAAGCGGUGCAGCCCCGUCGAGAGCGCAGAGACCGGCAACGCCGUCAGAUAAUAGGAACCUGAGGGCGGAGGACUUUGAAAGGAUGAUUCCGGCGUUCAUUAAACGGCAUGGCGGCAAAGUCCCAUCCAAAUCGCUCGUUGAUCACUUUAACCACUAUUGCACGGGAGCGAGACAGGCGGAUAUGUUCAAGGUUGCUUUGGAGAAAGUGGCCAAGUUGGAGAAGAAGGGGUCGAGCAUGCGGGGCAUUUGGACGGUUCGUCCGGAGUAUCAGUGA